UUCUAGAAGAGAAUUAUUAUUUAUAUAAUAAUAUCGUUAAAUACAUUUAAUGGCCAGUCGUCAGUCUAAACUUGAGGCGGAACGUCUUGCAAUCUUACAACAGAGCGCCCCUAGAGGUCGUUCAACGUCACCGAGCCGUGCGCGUGGUGACAACACUUCCUCGUCACCAAGUCGUGAAGAUCAAGAAUUGAAAUGGUCAAUUACUAACCAUGACCCACUGGAAAGAUUAGUUGAUGAUAAGAGAGUGGAAGAAGUUGGUGGCACCAACUCUAUCGAAGAAGAAGAACCUUCGGAAGAAGAACAUAUCAGUGAUGAUGAUGACAAUGAGAAGUUUCUGUAUGAUGAUACGGGGAAUAUUCUUCCAAAUUAUGCUUGUGGAGAUGAAAAGAUUGAUGAAGUUUCUGCAAUUUUAGAAAAAUCAAACUUGAAUGAUCAAUUAACUGUGAAAAGAUUGGAGGAACUUACUGCAAAUGAACGUGCAUUGGCAAAUGCUCAUAAGGUGGGUACUCCAGUAGAUGAUGAUUUAUUACGUAAAUUAGAAUCAAGUAAACAAGAACUUACUGGACUGGAAAAAUUGGAUUUACUGACAUCAAUGCAAGAUCAAGAUGCUAGAAGAACGAAAUUAGAAGCUUAUGCUAGAUACAGAAAGAAGAUCAUUGAAGAAGAUAUGAAACAAAGUGGUCAACAUGCUAGUGGUGGAGAACUUCAACAUUCUCAACUGGAUAGUUCUACCACUGCUGCAAAUGCAGCAGGUGGUGCUGCCCCUGGUGGGGGGGAAAGUUCUGCAGACCAUGCUGAUACAGAAGAUUUUAUGGUUCCAUACACCUCAGCCGUUGAAGAUAAACUUGACUCUCUCUUUGCCUAUCAACUUAAUGAAACCAUUCGUGAAGGACCAAUUGAUUCAACUAAAUCUCAAUCUCGUGUGAUUCAAACUAUUACCAGAGGUAACUUUUUCCAACUUAUUAACCCAGAAGUGAAACCGAAAAUGUUCCUUGUAUGUAUGGACUUUCUGCCAGAAUCGAUUUUCGCACUUGAAUGGUGUCUUGGUACUGUUCUUGUAGAUGGACUGGUUCUCUUUAUUGUUUGUGUUAUUGAAGAAAAUGACGCCAAUCACCAUCUCAAGGGAAACUCUCUCAAUGAAUCUACCCGUGAAAAAUACCGGUUAGAUAUGUUAAAUAAAGCCCGUCAACAAGUGCUUAAUUUGCUUAAACUUACAAAAUUACAAAUUCAUAUUGUGAUUGAGAUCAUUCAUCAUCCAAUCCCACGUCAUUUAAUUCUUGAAUUUAUUGAUAAUCUUCAACCAACCCUUGUAGUGGUUGGUUCCAAGGGUCAAUAUGCCAUUAAGGGUGUUUUACUUGGUCUGUUGUCGAAUUAUUUGGUAACAAAGCUGUCCGUCCCGGUGAUGGUGGUGAGAGAAAAACUUAAAAAGAUUAAUCGUUUCAAAAAUGGUUCCCUGGUAUUUUCAAACAAUAUUAAACCAUUGACUUUAUCUGAAGCAAGGGUAGAUUAGAGAUGUUUUAUAAGUAUAUACGUACGUACAUGAUGAUAAAUAAAGAAAAGAAAAAAAAAAUUAGGUUAAUAUAGUCUUAAUUUCUCUACGUAUAAUUAUCAUUCAUGAGUGCAUUUGUUCUGCACUUUAUUGUCUCAUUACCUAUCC